AUGUCAGCACUUCUGGCAUCUCUUCUCCACCCUGACUCACUGAGGAAAUCCUUUACCUUCUGGUUGAUGCAGGCUUUAGUUGUGGUCAUCACUCAUGAUGCUGAGCAUCCAGUCAAACUGGAGCUGAUUUCCCUUUUGGAGUUGAACUUUUUACCAACUUCUGGGGCCAAACUAACCAAACAGCAGCUUAUUCUUGCCAGAGAUGUAUUGGAGAUUGGAGCACUAUGGAGCAUUCUCAAGAAAGACAUCCCCUCUUUUGAACGCUACAUGGCUCAGCUCAAGUGUUAUUACUUUGAUUACAAGGAUGAAUUACCAGAAUCCGCUUACAGGCACCAGUUGCUGGGUCUGAACUUGCUCUUCCUGCUUUCUCAGAACAGAGUGUCUGAGUUCCACACAGAGCUGGAAAGACUGAGCGCAAAAGAUAUCCAGACUAAUGUCUACAUCACACAUCCAGUUUCAUUAGAGCAGUACCUGAUGGAGGGCAGUUACAACAAAGUUUUCCUUGCCAAGGGAAAUAUCCCUGCUGAAAGCUAUACCUUCUUCAUUGACAUUCUCUUGGACACCAUUCGAGAUGAGAUAGCAGGCUGUAUAGAGAAAGCAUAUGAACAGAUCCAAUUCAACGAGGCCACAAGGGUGCUUUUCUUUUCCUCUCCAAAAAAGAUGACAGAAUAUGCAAAGAAGAGAGGCUGGACACAGAGCCCUGAUGGAUACUAUUCAUUCAGUACACAGCACCAAAAGACAGAGGAAGUGACCAUCCCCUCCUCAGAGCUGGCCCAACAAGUCAUUGAGUACGCAAGGCAGCUAGAAAUGAUCGUGUAGUUUGAUUACUGUCCGUUUAGACAAAUUCAUAUUUGUUUACCGAAAUAUACAAAUAAAACCAUUGUACAGUUGCCGUAUGUCUCUGUACUCACUUUAAACACAUGAUGACACAACCGCAAAGCAUGGCAAGGACUCUUUGGCUCAAUUUUUACUUUCUCAUGCUUGUAAAAAUGCUCUAGAGAUCCUCACAGUCUUAGUCUGUUUGUCGUUGGGUGUGUCAGUUGAUGCAUUUUCAGAUUAUGAUUUUCAUCAAGAGUGUGUUUGUGUGAAAAUGUUUGGGAAAGUGGGUCUGACUCACAUGAGAAUGCCCGGUCUGACUCGCAUGAGAAUGCCCAGUCUUCAUAACUUGUCUGGUGUUGCCGUAGAAGUGUUCACUGAAUUAUUGUACUCUAUUAACCUUUCUUUGUCCGCUGGCAACUGAUAAUCUGAAACUGUUUAUUUCUUAAAUUGUUGCAAGUCACUGAUGGCUAUAAUAAAUAAAACAUUUUUUGACUCUUUUAUAAAAUGCAUUCUGAAACACU